AUUACUCAAACAUGCUUUUGUCAUCAUCAAUGUGUUUUUUGUCGUGCUUUUCUUUUAGAUACGUCUUUUCUUUUCUUACAUCCAUGGACAUCCAUGGACCAGGUCGAGUGAACAGGCGAAGACUCGCGUGUCGUCGACCUGUUCCUCGCAGAUGUUCAGGUUAAGCGAACCGGCGACCAGGUCGCUGACAUCCACCACCUUCACUCGACCUGACAUCCACCACCUUCACAAGUCGUCGUCAUCGUUGUCAUAUUCUUUGAAUCAUUGUUACAGUAUCAUGUUCCUUAUCAUCGUGUUUGUUAAACUUUUAUUACAUUAUGUCGGAUGGUGUUCAUCGUGAGCUGGUGCUCAUUUGUUGUUUCCCACAUAUCUCACCCUGCUCGCAGCAGUGGAAUCAUUUCGCAGCAUUGUCAUUGUUUUCAGAGCAAUGUCGUCAUCCUUGCCAGCAGACAUUCACGGAGAUGGGAAAGGGCAGGACAAGACAGGGUUCGAUGACCUGUACUGGUCAUGCUCUAGACUGAGUUGAAGCAGGAGUCGGAAAAGGGCGAGGGGUUGAUUUGAAGAUGUGUGAUAUAUUUAAAGAUAUCCAAACGCAACUCGUCUAAGUCUAAGUAAGCUUCUCCCAUCAUGAAACAAUCUUUUAGACGUCAAGAUUAUGGCAUUCGCCGCAAGGAAAAAACGAUCUAUAUAGCGUCUAGUGUAGCGAUCAAUGAAGUUCAAGCAUAGCCGCUGCGUUGAUCUGCGUUGAAGUUCAUGACACUAAUGUUACUCAGGUUGGAUAUGCUUCAGGGCUCAGGAUCGAUGCUCCUCUUAUAGUGUGCCAUGGGCCAUUGGGAUUUGACCGUUGAAAUCUUUCGAACCCAGACACCACAUUGAACUAGGACGAGGCCGCAGUUCGCAGGCCAAAUAAAAAGGCCAAAAGUCAUUGUGCAGGGUGAACGGUUGAUUCACAAUGCAACGUGCCAUUUCGUAGCAAACUGUAGUGUUACCAUUCGUUGCCCAAUUGUUCCUUUUUUGGCAGCAUCUUGACGCGUAAACAAGACAACUGUUCAACAAUUGUGACUCGUGACCGUCUUAUCAAGACAUACUCUGGAGGGUGCCAUGUUGUCUUCCUUGCUGAAAGUCACGCCAUGUGGUCCUCCGCAUCCGAGGGCGCAGGGAAGUUCGCAUGCACGACACCAUUUGUCAAGACGCAGACAGUUUUCGAACUGCUGUGCAGCCUCCACUCUUGGUAAAUCCUCACGGUUUUCUCUCGCUGCCUUGGCAGUGCAGGCGCAUCCACGGUUGAGGAGGCUGACGAUGCGAGCCCGUGGUGGAGACUUCGCGAUAAUCCGUUUCCGCAUUCCUGGACUCGACGAUCUCACGAUGCUGCCUCGAGUGAUUACGGCAUGUUGUUUGGCCUUGCUGGUGUACAACAGAGCGACGACCACAGGUGAUGUGGACAGUUUUCGCCAGGUGAGUGAAGCUUUGGCUCUAGUGUUUUCUGUUCUUGCCUGGUCGAUUCCAUGGGUUGGCGGACGUUUAGAAGAAGCCGCGCGCCGGCAGGUUUCUGCCAAGCCAACAUCUCGGAAGCCCGGCUCCAUCCAGACACUUGCAAUAAAGCAAACUUUGCCGUCUGAGGUUCAGAUUGAUAUCUCUUGGAUCAGCUCAGUUUUGUUGCGAUUGACCAAUGCGGAUGGUUUGGUGGUUUGGCAUGAUGGGGAAGUGAUUUGUAGCCGUGGGAUUUUGAAACGGCUUCAAGGUUUUGCAUCUGGUGCUGAAUAUGUCCUCAAAGGCUUGGAUGCUGUUUGGCAGCCAGAGGCCACACCAGUGAAUGGCUUUUGUGCCACUCAAAGAGGCCUUGAGUCCUUUCCGAACAAACUUCUUCCGGCCAAGGUCCUUCCUGUUGAUACUGAGGCUGCUGUGGUAAAGCCGAUGCCCGGUGGCGGCCACUUAAUCAUGUGGUCUGCACGUCCACGUGCAUUUGACAAAGAAGCUGACCGCCUUUGGGUUGCCAAUGCGGCUUCGAAAUUGGGCCUACUGCUGAAUGAAGAGAAAGACUUGCAAGAUCAGCCUUCCGAGGUUGCUGAGGUCUGCUUUGAAGACGACUUGCCGAUUUCAUUGGAGGAGAACGACGAGGUCGCACAACGUGAUCCAUUUGCCAGAUUCGACACGCAGAUACGAAUUGCACCCACCUUCCUUGGCAUGCUGGGUUUGGGAGUCCUGAUCUUGAAUCGACAGUCCCUGGUGUUUUCUGAUGCGUCGAGGUAUGGCGUGGAUCCUUCCCAGACCCGUGCUGAUCUUUGUGCUGGAGUCCUCUCCGUGACGCUUCUCCUACAGGGCUUGGUUUGGAUUAGUGAGACUCCGAAGAGUCCAGACAUCGAGGACACAGCAGAAUGGGAGGAUGCAAACAAAGUUCUGUGGGUAGAUGAAGCUGUUCCACAACGCACAAGCGAAGAGUUGAUCUGGGCUUGGAGUGCCUUCAGCCGCGCCACAAGGGCCUGCUCGAUGGCUAUUUUUUGGCGUGGCGAAUGCAUCAUGCAGG